UUCGAAAAUCCCGCAACGGCAAACCCGUGUCUACUGUCAUCACGAGCGGUCGUGCAUUUGUUCGCGCUGUCUGUCCCUGGCUCUGCCGCGAGGGCUCGAGAGUGUUGUGUUUCGCGAAGUUCCGUUGCCCUGGCGACUCCGUGUGUCAGCAGGAAAAAAUUGAUUGAGAAAAAAAACACUAAAAACUCAGGUGUAUCUGUGCCGCUGACUAAAGAAACCAACACACAGUCGUCUGUAAAGUGUUGUCUUCAUCAACAAACGCAGCAGCAGCAACAGCAGAGGUGGAUUAGAGUUGUAUGCGUCCCGCUUAGCCCACAUACCAGACUCGAUCAGCGAGGAAUAACAAACAGAUAGUGCAGGUAUCUCGAGCUGGUUACCUGUGUGCAUAGUUUUGUGCUAGCAAAAUCGAACGUGUGUGAUGUUGGGUACGGACCGAGAGGUUUGCGAGUAGUUUCCUUUCUUGAGGCAGACGUUGUGCAAUUAACGAAACUUACGAAAAGUGGUAUUUUAGAUCUGAAUCAACGUUGAUCUCUUCCAGCGGAUAGUAAGAUAGCCAUAAAAAUUGGUUCUCUGCUCACUCUGAUGGUUAUUAAUUUUCCUCAAGUAGUGUUCGUGACAGAAAAAUCGAUCCAUAAUUUGUAUAUCCGGACUUAGUAGGCUGAUGAAUGGUUAGUCGACGAGAAAAUUUGAUGACCUAUUAUUACAAAUGACUACUAAAACUUACUAACUGGAAACAAAAAGAUCACGAGUUAAAAGUGUAUGUUAAAAGUGCUAUUGCAUAAACGUCACUAAUGUCUAGUGUGUUGAAAUAUAAAGAUUUGUAGGAUUGUCCAUUCCAGAGGUGCUCAUAUCAUUCGGUUCGGUGUUACUGUGACCAAAAGUCAAGUCAGUCAGUGUUGAUAUAAGGAGGAAUUCCGCAGCUCCAGCAGGAAGAUUGACAGAAGCAGAGCCCAAAAGUGAAGGUAUUUGCAAUCACAUACAGUUGAAUGUGUUAAUAAGGUGACCACGCUCGAAGAGUUGCUUGUUGUUGUGGUGCACAUAUUUUGAAGUGGUCUAUUUUGGCAGCAGACUUUGCGGUGUUUUGUGGUGAACUUUACUGCUUCGCAGGUCGGCCGUCACAAGCAGCUUAUUUCAGCUUUUGAACCCCGUCGAGUAAUGACGGCGGACAGCACAAUUGACCGGAGAAGAUAACACAAAAGGCACUCUGAGCCCCGAGUGACCCAGUGUCUUCACUUUCGCCCGAAACAAAGAUGUAAUGAGGCAGUACGCGAAGCGAUGACCGAAAGUACCAAUAAUCAUCUUCAAACAUCAAACAUCUUUCCACAACGUAGCGCGAAGCCAACGCCCAGAAAAGUAGUAGCAUCUUUCUUUAUCUAGAAAUCGGCCGUCAAGCCCAUCAUCAUCAUCAUAAUCAUCACCAUCAUUAUCGCCGCUACGUCAAGCAGCAUUCAAACAUGGAACGGCGGCAAAGGUGUCGCUCCCUAGAGGGGCGAAAUACAUUUCAGAUAUGGCCCAGUUCCGGGGUCAUUAUGAUUACUGCCGUGGCGUUGAUGACGUUCAAUUUGACACUUGUUACGGUUAACGCCGGUGUAAUUGUCAAGAGACAACUCGUUAACGUCGAGACAACAACAAUCGCGAAUGCUGAAGAGACAACCACGGCGGCGAUACUUAUCAGCGACAUCUCGGAACAAGUAAACGCUAGUGAGAGCCGUCAAGCUGAUCCAUCGCCCGUAGUCACCGUCAGUCCAGAAGUCAGCUCACCAGAAUCUGAAACCUUGAGCCCAGGAGUGGGUUCUACCCGAUCGGAUGCUCCGACAACGGUCGUGGCCCCAACCAAAGGGCAAAGAUUACCAGCGUCGGUGGAUGACAUCGAUGGCCGGUCGUUUGCUCGUUCGGAAAUUUUAGCCGAAGAUGCAACAGAUUUGUCACUUGCUGUCGUCUCCACAGCCGCGAGUGACACACAAGCCGGGAAAUCGGUUGCCAGCAGUGCCGAACCAGAAGCAACGGUGGCCGAAACUACGACAGUCACGAGCAGCCUAGCAGAGGAACCUGUGGCCACGGUUGUGAGUUUGCCGCAGGCCCACCUUGUAUCGGACGAGGGCCUUCAAGUGGUCACCGAUUCGAAAGACUCGAACGAUGGCGAGGCAGAAAACUUUCGGUUCGAUCUAAGCCGGUACAGUUCUCCGUCCAACUAUUCCCAGGGUGGAAUAUCGCUGGGUGAGUCGCGUUCCGCGCGGGAGCAAUUCUUCGCCGAGAGGUCCGAUGAGAUUACGACGGAAUUGCCGGGUGAAUUGUUGGAAACCACCAGCACACAGGAGCCACUUGCCUCGGAUGAAAGUGUAACCGAGCUGGUUAAGUUGGAAACUAACGAAAUCGGCUUUCCGGAUGUGUUGAUCGGCACGAAUCAUACGCUGGAAAGUAAUAGAACCGUACGGCUGAAUCGCUCGGAGGUUGAAAGCACUGACUACGAGUUGGUGUCCAAUGAGGUGCGCAAUCAAACGACACUACCGAAGGGGAAGAAAGGUAAGUUUUUGGACCAGUUUGGUGCUACUGAAGACAAUGACAUCAACGGUGCCGCAUGGGCUCUCGCUGGGAUGCGAAUUGUCGAGCGAACUUCCAAUAAGGGUGGUCAAGCAGCGGCGGAAAGUGUGGAAGUGGUUCGGGAUGAUGGCGAGAAUGCGGUCGCUAAUAACACCCUCAAGCAGCUGAUAGAUUGGGCCGUGAUAAUGCAAGAUGCCGAUUUUGCAAAUAGUUCUUUUGUGAGGCCAACCAGCGGAGAAGUCGAUUUGAAGAAUGAACUCAAGGAUCGGCGAAGGAAUGGAAGCAAAACUCCGACGGUUGGUGAUGCGUUGAGUGAGGAGAACAGACUUACGUCGUUGGUUACGGAAAUGAUGCCGGCUGGUAAUGUUGGUACUACGGUAGCUCCGGCUACUUCGGCUGCCGAGGAUGAUGGAUUGGAGGACUUUAAAUUUGAGGAACGAGCGAAGCUGUCCGUUGAAAGCACAAAGCGUCCUGAUCUAACGAAUUUUAUACAGGAAACAACCACUGCCGCGAACGCUCGGGUGACACAAGUCGUAACUACUACGAUGAGAUCAACACGAGACUAUGAAGUUAGUGAAGACGUAGAUGAAAACGUGAAGUUCGCUCUACCCACCCGGACCACAACUAGCAGAUUUGAGUCCAGUACCGUCUUCGAAGAUAUGCCAAUAACUACGUACUCUCCACUAUCUCCAAUACUGAGAAAAACGGAAGCUGCCACAGAGUCCUGGCUGCCAACGACAUUUGAGUCAAUGCGAACACGCCGACCGUUGACAACGACUACCACACAAGCACCAACUACGGUUCGAACAGCCGCCGAAACGUUACCUCCAGUAACGACUACCACUGCGACUUCUGCGUCGACUGACAUUCCCCUUCUCAAUGAGCUUUUUCACAAAGAAAACGAGCGGGAGAAUUCAUCACCGGAAGUGGACACCGCAGCUAUCAAGCAAUUCAAUAGCGACCUUUCUGUGACUACAUCAACCGCUACUUCACCGACUCAAUUCACUCAAAGAAUUACCGAACCCAUUGUACCACAGGAGUCUACCGUCCAACCAACAGCAGUAGAAUUCCGUCCAGCAGUAGAUGGUACCACUGAUGGAGUGGAUCUCACUAACAAACCAACGAUAACGGCCGAGGUGCAUACCAAUCCCAACCAGCCUGUCCUUAUCGAUGAAAAGAACGUCUACAACACGGACCCCGAAACCACCGAUAGUCCUGUUCCCGAGCCUGAACCAUCAUCUUUACCGGAAUCGGAACCAACUUCGGAACCGAGCACAACAACGGCCCGCUCGAACGUUCGUACGUCAGUCACUACCGAGCUGUCUGAGGAAGAAUCGGUUACAGAGGAAGACUACGUCGAUCUUAGCGGCAAGAAUGCAUCUGCGGGAUCCUCUUCCAAGUCGCCACUCGAUGCGGAACCAUCCGAUCCUCCUCAAGCUACUGAAGAAGAGGAAGGUGGCAGCGGAGUCGUGAUUGCGGUCGUUGCUAGCCUACUGAGUGUGGCUCUGUUGCUACUCUUGGUUGCGGCGUAUAUGUACUAUCCACAAUUGCAGGUACUGCUGCGCAAGCGGCAGGCGCAGGUUUCCUAUGGACAGCGUUGCCGUCCGGUAGGGCUGGACGCCUACAGCCUGGACAAUGUGUCGGUAUACAACAGCGUACGACGGAAGGGCAAUACGCUGCGAAUGUCCAAGCGGUCAUACGGUAAUUCUGCCUUCGAGGAUCCGGGACUGAAAACAAAUCCCCUCACGGUUGCCGAACUGGCUAACAUCAUUCAGAACAAGACCGCGAUGUACGAUGAGUUCAAGGAAAUUCCGAACGUGACGGCCCGUGCUGAUGAAGUGCCGGAAGGGUGUGAAGAUAAAAACCGAUACGCUAAUGUGGUGCCGCUACCGGAAACUAGAGUGCACCUGAAGCGCAUCAACGAAGACGAGAAAACGGAGUACAUCAAUGCCAACUUUGUUAAGGGUCCAAAGGACAACGGUAAUUACUACAUCGCCUGUCAGGCACCGAUGGAGAACACUAUCAACGACUUCUGGCGUAUGAUGUGGGAACAGAACUCCAAGGUUAUCAUCAUGGCCACCGAUUUGAGUGAGAACGGAGUGGAAAAAUGCGCCGAAUAUCUUCCUCCAUCGGUCGUGUUGGACAAUAACCGCACUUUCGGAGACUUCCAGCUAACACUGAAGAACCGUGAGAACAAGGAAAAGUACACCAUUUCGACCGUACAUCUGCGCAACACACAGACCGGUACGUGGCGGGAGAUCAUGCACUUCUGGUACCAGUGGCCGGACACUGGCGUGCCCAUCGAUGAGUCCUCGAUCAUCGCAAUGCUGCUGGAGGCCCGUAGUUACUCCCGGUUGGCACCAGCCGAGAUGGCGGAUGUCGUGACCGGCAUAAUUGGUAGCAUCGCCGAGGAGGAUGGCACCGAGAGUGACCAUCUGCCGGCCACUCCCAAAGCCAACGGCAGUGCCACGGAUUCUAGUGUAGCUGUAGUAGUAGGUAGCAAUAGUGUAGAUAGUUCGGUCAACAACAAUAACAACAACAACAAAACGGUGACAGCGGACAGUGCGGCACCCAACAGUCUUGUGUCCAACGGGGGAACGAUGGACAAGCACAAGUCACUGCAGAGAACUCAAGGACCUAUAACGGUACACUGCUCGCCGGGAACUGGCCGAACAGGAACGAUCAUCGCAUGCGAUGUAGCGCUGCGGGCGGUUGAGAUUCCUCCGCGAACCGUGGACAUUCCGCACAUUGUGUACUACGUACGAAGGGGACGCGCUAGCGCCGUUAGGACGCGUGAACAGUACGAGCUAAUAUACAGGGUUGCUAACGUAUACGCCACCAAGCUGACGGGGCCGACGAUAGAAACAUGAGAACGACUCAUUUAAAAUCAAGUAUUGUGAGUACAUUCGAGAGAACGCUUCGCUAGUUACAGGCAGUUACAAUAGGAGAGACCGCGGCAAACUUUGCGCGGUGCAGGUGCAAUCUAUUCUAUAGUUUGCAAGCACAGUACCAAAACCAACCAAAAUAAUUACCGACAGAAGCUUCAGAGAGCGGUAGAGAAAAAAGCAGAAGCAGCUACGGGUGCCUUUUCCCUUCCAAACAGCAAGCAAUCGAUCCUCAGUCUUUAGGGCAAUUCGGAAUCCUAGCACCUAGAACUGCUGUGCACUCUAUGCUUUCUAUACUAUUAGUGUGAGAAAUUUCGUUCGAACAGGGCGCGAACCAACUGUGGAUGUAUUUUUAAUGGAAAAGUUUUUUUUACUAAAGAAACACACCCAUCAAAAAUACUUCCCAGCAUCCGUCCCGUUCGGACGGAGUUCCACCAAAGCUUCCUCUGCAACAGAAUCCCAGCUGUCCCGGACUUUCCCGGGGCCAGCAUUCACCAGCUCUUCUAAGCAAAUACCAGAAUCAAAUCGAAUGCAAGGGCUCAGCCAUCGUCGGUGGUCGCGGUAAAAUCUUCUUUAAAGAAAAGUCGAACACAAAUGAGAAGACACCCGCACCAGCCGGACUGGCCAAUCAAUUGAAAAAUAAAAACCACACAACACACACGCAGCCCAAGGACUCAUAAUACUUGAUUUUAAUCUCUAGUGGGAUAGAGACUAAAAUUUGGAAACCACAAUAAGCGAAACGGAAUGUCCAGGAAAAGACAGUAAAAAAAACACGAAACAUUUGUAAGAAAAAUCUCCUACUACCUAUUCUAUGCUUUCUGUUCUGUGACCCUUUACCUGUUAGAGGAACUUUAUGUACAGAAUCGUAAAACCAAUAAUCUAGACACGACAUUCUCCACUAUUGUUCCCGCCCAAAGCACCACCUAUAAUCUAUGGUAUAGUAAGUAGAAGCUACUAUGUGUUACUGGAGACACCCUCGAAUAGUCUCCGCUCUUCCUGAGAACCACUCUUCAAACCUUCCACUAGGAUUGGUUGUUUUUUUUUUUGUUCUUCAUCUAGAUUGCUUAAGGUAAGCUUUAGUUAGGAUAAACCGAAAGACAACAGUUGCAAUAUUAGACGUGUAUAGAAAAGUUAGUUAUAAAUCAUGGGAACAGUUUCGUUUUUUAUCGGUAAAACUGACUCCCGAAAAUAGGGUAAACCAUCAAAAGCAUGACCAUGUUCUAAGCGAGCAUAUGAGGGGCACAAUAACGCAACGAACGCAACAGUGAGUUAAAAUUUGAUACGCAAAAAAAAAGAAACAUGUUAAUGGGAAGGAAGUGUCAUAUAUGGGUUUGUCUGUGGUGCUAGUGAAAUGAUGACUAUUACAACUAUAAUUAUUGUUAUGAUUUUUUUUGUUUGUUAAUGCUGCGAUGUUACAUAUUAUUACCUGCUAAUUGCUGUUCGUACGUCUGUAUAUAAAAUUGUGAUAAUUACUAUUUAGAGAGAGAAAGAUUUCCUAUACCAGGCAGAUAUUUUUGAAUCCACGCGCAAUAAUUAUUUAUUCUCAACGCGAAAUGCAUCUCAUUAGGAAAGGAACGAAGAAACACCACUAAAUAAACUGUUAGUAAAAAAAACUAUAUACAUUUUCGACGGGAUUGAAAAUCUUCGCUUUAGGAAGUAGGCGAGUCGAAUUAAAACCUUUAAAGAUUUCCAGUUUCUCUAGACAAAAUGAAACGGCAUGAAGGAAAAACAAGAUGACAGAGCUUGAUAGCAAUAUUUAUUAUCAUUAAACGCGGAUAAAGCAACCUUCACAGCUGACGUCAAUCUGAGGCAAGUUAAACUUCAAACACCACACGCCAAGUACAGUAAUUCCCAUUGGAGCCUUUAUUGUAUAGUUUAGAAUAGGGCUUACGAUUUAUCUAGAAUGAAAAAAUAGUUAAAGCAGAUUUCCUUUUUGUUGUCAAAUGUGGGGAAAACUUUAUCACAGCUUCCAAAGCUUAACAUCCUCCUAUGGGAAAUGAAUGAAUGCGUUGAGUGCGUAAGUUCAACUUUGUUAGAGUCUAAACUAAACCUACUCAUAGGAAGCAUUAAAGCUAAAAACGAACACAGGUAAUCAUUCACUAGCAAUGUCCACGCCGUCCCAGGUUAUCAAUCUGUACAGACCAGGAAAAACUGCAGCGGCUGGGCAUUGUUCGAAGUAAAAAAAAGUAAUCACGGGUUUUCUAAUUAUUGUAAAACCAUGAAAAUAAAACUGCAAUCAAUAAGUUGUUCUAUGAUGCUGUA